AUUGAAUCCUUCCUCACAGGAUCAAACUUUACAAAAAAUGAUGACCUCAGGAUUGUGAUGGUGGGGAAGACUGGAAGUGGGAAGAGUAGUUCUGGAAACACCAUUCUGGGUCGAGAGUGCUUUGACACAGACUGCAGUCCAGAAUCAGUUACUCGCCGUUGCUCUGUGAUUUACAGCGAGAUAGAUGGACGACAGGUUGCUGUCAUUGAUACUCCUGGUCUGUUUGACACCAGGAAUGAAGACGAAGUAGACAAAUCCCUGGCUCGGUGCAUCUCUUUUGCUGCCCCUGGACCACAUAUCUUUCUGGUGAUUGUGGCAGUGGGCAGAUUCACAAAAGAGGAAACAAAAGCGGUGCAACUGAUCCAAGAAAUCUUUGGAAAGGCUGCAGACAGAUACAGCAUGGUUCUCUUUACCCAUGGAGACAACCUUAAAGGCACCAUUGAGGAUUUUAUCUCUAAAAGUCAAGGCUUACAGGAGCUAGUGUCCAGAUGUAAUGACCAAUAUCAUGUUUUCAACAAUGAGCUCAAAGAUAAGAAAGCUCAGGUCACUGAGCUGCUCCAGAAGAUUACGAAAAUUGUUGAAAGGAAUGGAGGAAGUUACUACACCAAUGCAAUGUUCGAAGAGGCUGAGAAGGCAAUUAAAGUGGAGAAACAACGUAUCCAGAAGGAAAAAGAAGAGGCGAUAGAAAAUAAAUUACGACUUUUAGAAAUAGAGCGCAACAUGAAAGAGCUACGCGUGUCUAUGAGAAAGACGGAUCGGAGAGCCGCAGGCUCUGCCAGCAGCCAGCCACCCCGAAGUGCAUCCGGCAAUGGGCUCCAGGGAUCCGAGGCCCCCGGGGAGAACCACCCCCCGGCGGGAGCCCCAGCCGGGCCCCGGACGGCCAGGCCCCACGGGGAAGCCACCAGGAGGUGGGGCUGUCCUACUGAAGAUGAAGAUGUUCAUGAAGCUCCAGCACAGACAGAGGACCAGAAUCUGGGUCAGAACUGUCUCAUUGCUGUCUGA